UUAAAAAUGAGCAAUGAGUUUGCACCGCUGAUGCUUGUAAUAGCUUGCAUAGCUUUUAUUAGAGGCUGCAUAUUAUGUUUUAAAAUUUGUUCUGAUGAUGAUUCUGCUCAAGGUUUGUAAGAUCGCGUUGAUUUAGAAUGUUAAUCACUCGACUGUCUUUGUUACCCGCGACUAGUCAGCUGUUGUUAAUGGCUGUCUGCUUGUAUGUGUAACCGGAGCUGUAUAAUAACACAAAAGUGCCAAACUAAAUUCUAUUUUUAAGCACAAAAUAAAUAUUCAGAUAAUCACAAAAUUAGAAAAAAAAAAUAUGAAUGAAAUAAAAAAUUUGAGAAUUCGCAGCACACAACAUACAAGACUUUUUACAAUAUCCAGUCACAACUACUUACACACUUUUUUGUAACAUCGACGGAAAUGUGCGAUCAAUUUGGACUUUUUAUUCUCUUUUCUCAAAUUUUUCUCUCAUUUCCAACAUAAAAAUCAUUCUUUAUUGUGUUGUGCGUUUCAGUCUUUGGUUGUAUUUUUGACAGAACAAAAGUAAAAAAUUUAUUUUUUUCGGCAACUUUCAAGAAAUUCAAAUUAAAGAGCCAUAAAAUGAGUGGAGAUUCUCUGGCCAUUUUUGCUUUUGCAAUGGUUUUUCUGAUGAUUUUCGUACUUUGUGCAAAGUGCUGCGAAAGUAUUUGUCAUGAUGAUGCUGUGCCAGCUUACUCAGCACCGAUCGUUGUCACAUCACAAUCGCAUCAAGCGCCUGGAUCAACCCGACCACAAACAGUUUUGAACCAAAACUCAAGACCGCCUGGUCAAUUUACUCCUACAUCGUACCCACCAGGAGGCUUAGUGGUUACUGGAUCAAGCGCACCACACUCUCCAAAGAAUACAUCACGUCCAUAUCCACCACAAGCUUCAUAUCCACCAACGGGUUCAUACCCACCACAAAGUUCGUAUCCACCACAAAGUUCGUACCCACCACAAUCUCAAUACUCAUCACAACCAGCCUACAAUCCACAACAAAUGCCACUUCCAUCAAAUAUGCCAUAUCCACCAGCAACAUCAUAUUCACCACAAAUUAGAUCAAACUCACCACAAAUUAGAUCAAAUUCACCACAUGGGCCAAAUAUGCAUCAGCCAUCAGCUCCUCCACCAUCUGCGCCAUAUCCAACAAACUAUUCAUCAGAAGAUUUGGAUGUACCGCCUAAUUAUGAUGAGGCAAUGACUAAUUUCUCGAAAGAACAGAAGAAGGUGUAGAUUUGAUAGGGAAUCAUGCUUAAAGAUUGCAUUUAUUUAAUGAACUAAGGUUAAGAGUUGUUGAUUUAGGGGAUUUUGAGGUUAUGAAGGUCUACAAGGGCUGAAUAGACUGUCUGAUGCAACUUUUAGUUCCUAUUUGUAUGUUUUUGAACGACAUUUAACUCACUAGUUUAAAUUUUAAGGAAUAUAGCUUAGGAGUGGGUUCUUUGAGCUAAACCUGAGCUUGCAUCUUUAAAUGGUAAUUUUAGGUUAGGUGUAGGUUUUGGUGUGUACGCAGGAACUCACCAUAGAGGUCAGUUCUCUUGGCUAUCCGAAGAACCUUACACUAAUGAAUAAAAUCUGAUGUACUUCAAUGUAAGAUUGAUCUGAGACCAGGGUCAUUGCCAGG